GUAUUGCGCAUGAGUAAAACAUUCCUCUUACUAUCCAUGAAAAAUGUCUAAGCGAGGACGUGGAGGAGCUGUCGGAGCCAAAUUUCGCAUCUCACUAGGUUUGCCUGUGGGUGCUGUUUUGAACUGUGCAGAUAAUACAGGGGGGAAGAACAUAUUCGUAAUUGCAGUAAGUGGAAUCAAAGGCCGCCUAAAUCGUCUUCCAGCGGCAGGAGUAGGAGACCUUAUAGUAGCAGCAAUUAAAAAGGGAAAACCAGAGUUAAGAAAAAAAGUUAUGCCUGCUGUAGUUAUCCGGCAACGGAAACCAUUCCGUAGGAAGGAUGGUGUGUUCAUUUAUUUUGAAGACAAUGCUGGAGUUAUUGUGAACAACAAAGGAGAAAUGAAAGGUUCAGCUAUUACAGGACCAGUAGCAAAAGAAUGUGCAGAUCUUUGGCCAAGAAUUGCAUCCAAUGCUAGUAGCAUUGCAUAAUCUGUGGAUAAAAAGGAAUGAUUAUGUAUAUUGAUUUUGCUGUUGGAUAAUAAAAAAAAUACUACUGCA